AUGAAGGUCCUCGGCACAGUCCUCGCUUCCUUCGCCGAGCUUGCGGCUCUUGCAACCGCGCGUCUUGCGGUCAGCUAUCACUUCUCUGGAGCCCCUUCAGUGCCCUCUCAUACGCCUCUCAUCAUCUUUUCAACCCAUAUUGACACGGCUGUCGAGUGUGCAGCUCAAGAUACUCGUCCUGCACUGGUAUCGAUCCCCUGCACCCACCCACCACUGUGUCCGGUUCCGCUGGGUGUGUGUCAGAGAGCGGGCGUUCCGAAAUCUGCCAACUUCGUUGACAUCGUAGGAGCGCUCUGGUGCGAAUUCUACAAUUUUCACGACGGAUCCAAGCAGGCUGAUCCCGAGAGAAUGUAUGGGCCAUUCCUGGACUACAAUAUUUCCAAAUACCAAGGUCAAGGCUACCGGUGUGACUACUUCUAUGUGGGGGAUGAGCGUGUAAGAGGCGAUGUGAAGACUUCUCUCACGGCACACGGACGGUGA